GCGCCAGUGUCCAGGCAUGCACCAGCGAUGAGGAGACGGUGAUGUCUUCUCUGGUAUUCCUGGUGAAGGAGACUUUCGACAGUUCGGACGAGGACGCCGCUGAGAUUGGGCGCUUCUGCUUGUGUGUGACUGAGCUGCUGCUGGACCACGGUGCCGACCCGAGCUGUAGCUGGUCCCCCAGGGGGCCAGAGGGCGCUGGAGAGGAAGAGGAGGAGGAGGAGGAGGAGCAUGCGGAGCCCUCGCUCACACAGACCUGCCUGGAGCACUUUGACCUGCUCUUCCCCCUGGCUGUGCUGCUGCUGCAGCGCGGCGUCUCCCUGCAGUGCCCACGCCACGGCGCCCCCUGCUGGUCUGGCCCACAGCUGCUGCUCCGGCGCCUGGAGGCUGCGCUGCGGGAGAGCUCCAGCGCUGCUGAGUCAGCAGACCUACUGGCCCGGGCUGAGGCCCUGCUGGACCUGGCCCAGACCUGCUGCACCCUCACCCUCCCUGUGGAGCCCCCCCACCCCGUUCCGCACCCCCAUCCGCACCCCCAUCCCCCCCCCGAGGCUGUGCUGGAGCUCAGGGCCCAGCUCGUGGAGCAGGAGACGCGGCCCCCUCCCCUGCGCCUCCUCUGCCGGAGGCUCCUGCGCCGCUGCCUGCUGCCGUGGCCCCUGGAGCCCAAGGUCCGGCAGCUGCCCCUGCCCGACCGCCUCAAAGACUUCCUGCUGCCCGAGACCAGCAUGCAGCGCAGACCACGGUGGGACCGCUGCCGGCCCAGCCGCAACCCCCCGCUGAUGAGACGCUAUACACCAGCACCAUAGCUUGGGCCAGACAGAGCCACAGGCAGACUGCAUUCUGUGCCAGCAGCUCAGUGUGAUGGCCGUGGGGGUGAGGGGGCCUGUGGUUACCAUAGUGCCGCGUGAAGCCAGUGGUUCCUUCACACAGACACACACACACACACACACACACACGUGCCUUACAAAAGUGCCACGUAAAGCCAGUGGUUCCUUCACACACACACACACACACACACACACACACACGUACGUUACCAUAGUGCCACGUGAAGCCAGUGUUCCACUGGGGAGCAGAAAGAAGUGCACUGCUCAUUUCUGAUUGGAUGGUUUGUUCUGUGAAAUAAAAGCCUUAUGUUGCAA